UCUUGGUAGGGGCAGGAAAGAGAGGCAAAGGAAAGUGGCUAGAAAAGCAGGUGAUGAGGGAAAGGCUCCUUUAAGGACCUGCAUAGGAGGUGUGGCUGGCAAUGGCAGAACAUAAUGCCCUGUUGUGUCCUGCCUUGGAUAAGGCGGCUGGUGAAGAGUUCCUGCAGAAAGCAUUCCAGAUCAUGCUUGAGGAAGGUGUAAGGAAAGGGAUGGAUGCCUCUGAAAAGGUGUGUGAUUGGAAGGAACCUGAGGAGCUGCAGCAAAUCCUGGACCUGGACCUAAAAGACGGAGGGGAGCCGCAGGAGAGAUUGCUGGACCGCUGCCGGGAUGUUAUCAGAUACAGCGUGAAGACUUGUCACCCGCGAUUUUUCAACCAGUUGUUUUCAGGACUUGAUCCCCAUGCUUUGGCCGGACGGCUGAUCACAGAGAUGCUCAACACCAGCCAGUACACAUAUGAGAUCGCCCCUGUGUUUGUAUUGAUGGAGGAGGUGGUUCUGAAGAAGCUGCGGGAGCUGAUUGGCUGGAAGAAAGGGGAUGGGCUCUUCAGUCCUGGGGGCUCAAUCUCCAACAUGUAUGCCAUGAACGUGGCACGAUACCACCGCUUCCCAGAUUGCAAGCAGAAGGGUAACUGGGCAAUACCGAAACUGGCAGUGUUCACUUCGCAGGAGUGCCAUUACUCCAUCCAGAAGGGAGCGGCUUUCCUGGGAAUUGGCACAGACAACAUCUACCUUGUUGCUGUUGAUGAAAAGGGAAAAAUGAUCCCUGCUGAUCUGGAGAAAAAGAUCAACCAGGCCAAAUCUGAGAGGGCAUUCCCCUUCUUUGUCAACGCCACCUGUGGCACCACCGUCCUGGGAGCCUUUGACCCCGUGGCUGAGAUUGCGGAAGUGUGCGCAAGGCACAAGGUCUGGCUUCACGUUGAUGCUGCAUGGGGUGGCAGUGCCCUCCUCUCCCAGAGGCACCGGCACCUUCUGAAUGGGGUCGAGAGGGCAGAUUCCGUGGCUUGGAAUCCCCACAAAAUGCUUAUGACUGGGCUGCAGUGUUCUGCCUUCCUCCUCCAUGACAACUCCGGCCUGCUGCAGAGAUGCCACUGCGCUGAAGCCACUUACCUCUUCCAGACUGACAAGUUCUACAACAGGACUUACGACAGGGGGGACCAGACCAUCCAGUGUGGCCGCAAAGUCGACUGCUUCAAGCUGUGGCUGAUGUGGAAGGCCAAUGGCACGAGGGGUUUAGAGCAGAGAGUCGACAGGGCCUUCGCCAUCACCAGGUACCUGGCUGAUGAGAUCAAGAAGAGAGAAGGCUUUCAGCUGGUGAUAGAGCCGGAAUUCAUCAAUCUGUGCUUUUGGUACGUUCCUCCCAGCCUACGCGGGAAGGAGGGAUGCACAGAUUACUGUCAGAAAUUGGGAAAGGUGGCUCCUAUGAUCAAGGAGAGGAUGAUGAAGAAAGGGUCCAUGAUGGUGAGCUACCAGCCACUCGGCAAGAGAGUCAACUUCUUCCGCCAGGUGGUGACUAACCCCGCAGUCACCCGAGAGGACUUGGACUUCUUCCUCGACGAGAUCGAGAGGCUCGGAAGAGACCUGUAGAAGCUCCACUUCUCCCUGCGGCCCACUUCUCUGGACCCUUUGGCAAUGAGUGUGGGACUUUACACCUGAAAUCCAGGAGCCUUCGGUUUUCUUUCUCCACUGCCUCCCUCUGCAAACCUUACAAGAAGCAGAAGCUGCAACUCGCCAGGGCCUCCAGCUCACUUCCCCCGUUCUCACCUCACCCCUCUACAUGUAAACAUCGAUGAUAUCUGGAACGCAACCCACCGGGCCUUCCUUCUUCAGAAAUGGGAACAGCCGAGGCUGCUUCAAGGAGCUCAUGGAAGUGGAGGGUGAGACAUGGAGGAGGAAACAACAGUCAGCCUCCAAGGCCCACUACAGAAGAACAAAAAGACCCCAAAGACCCGUUCUCUGGCCUGCUUGCACAAACCUUGCUUUCUCUUUCCUCUUUUAAAACGAGAAUUUGAUUAAAAAUCUGUUUUCAUUCCUCUCUUUUUCUAGUCAGUUUUUUAAAAUCAAAAACAACAACAACAAAGCAAUGCUUUUUUGCUUUGCUUUGUGGAGCACCCUCAGUGACCUUGCAGUUUGAUAAAGAAAACCAGAAAGGUCCCUGCCUACGAGGAGCUUCCAGCCUAAACUCAGUGUUUGCAUUUGGGUCUGAUGCACAUAAAAAAACAAGCUGGGAAACUUAUCAACCACUAAGAAAUCAACACAUGCCUAAAUUUGAGCUUGAGGCCCAAGAGAAAUCCCGCUUGGCCUGCAGAAUGUCCCUGGUGUCUCCUAUUUAAAAACAGAAGCAGGAAGUGGUGCUUGGGGGUGGGGGGAGAGAGGCUGCCUGCCUGAGACUGAAGCGAGCCACAGCCACCCACAGUAGAUAUUGCCAGGCUAGAUGACCAGGCAGGGUUGGGUCCAACCUUAGUCUUAGGGGGGGUCUACACACAGGAAAAAAUGUUAUAAAUAAGUAGAAAUUACAGUACUGUAUAUUGUUAUAACAAAAGAAAAAGAAACACACUGUAAAAAUCUGCACAGAUUUUUUUUUGCUCUCCAGUGCCAUCUGGUGUUACAUGUUU